GCGCACACCUCUAGAUCAAAUCUGGGAUUGAAGAGAAGGUCUUACCUUCAAUUUGGAUUUCUGAAAUCUACUACAUAUGCUCAAUUAAGACCCUGAAAGUGUUCAUUUUGCCAGCAUUUGAUAUUGGGGAUGCCAAAAGUGUUGAAUAGCUAUUUGUUCAUAGUAACUGUAUAAAACUUGUAAUUUAUCUCCAAGGGAUUCAAAGGACUUGCUUCACUGGAAGGUCCAGCUUCCCUUGGUCAUAUUCUCAUCUCUGUUUGCGGUUGAAGAUCUUGUUAACAUUUUAAAGAAAUCGUCAUGUUCAAGCACUCACCGCGUAGGAACCAGCCAAACAAGAGAUUCAAAGGGAAACACACUCUUCAAAUAUGUGUACUCAUAGGUGUUUGCAUAUGGCUGCUUUACCAAAUCCAGCAGUCACGUGAUAAGAAACCAUCAAAUGGAGAAACCUCAGGUCUCUCAGAGAAGGUAGAGACCGGAUAUGAUGAUCUCAAGUUAGGCAGGAAAGACCCUCAACCUCGUAUAGUGGAAGUAACUACCCAAGAUGAAGUGGAAGGAAAAAGUUUUGAUGACGAGAACGACCCAGAAAGAACAGAAGAUAUUGAGCAUAGGGAUGAGACGGUAGAUGAGGAAAAGGGGAGUGCUGAAAAGGAAAAGACCGAAAAUGGGAGUGAGAAUGAGGAGGGGAAGGAGAAAGAAAGCAUUGAAACGAUUGAAAAUGAUGGUAAAGAGAACAAAGUUAAAGUAGAAGAAAAUGGUAAUAUUGAAGAAAACAGGGAGGAGAGCAAUGGAAGUGAGGAAAUAAGUGAAAAUCAAGGUGAUCAAAAGGAAGUCAAGGUAGAGGAGACUAGUGAUAACAAAAAAGACGAAUCACGGAGCAAAGAGAAUGCUAAUGAGGAAACUAGUACAAAUCCAAGCGAAGAGAAGAAUUCCUUGGUAGAUACAAAUAGUGACAGCACAGAUGAGAAGAAGGAUGUUAGGGAAGACGAAAACAAUACUCACAAUAAUGACAUCAAAGAGAAUGGAAAUGAGGAAACAAGUGAAAAUGGUGGUGAAGAGAAGGAAGUAAAAGUAGAGGAGUUUAAUGAUGGGAAAGAGGAUGAGUCGGUGAGCAAAGAGAAUGCUACGGAGGAAACUAGUAAAAAUGGAAAUGAAGAGAAGGAAGUAAAGGUAGAGGAGACUAGUGAUAGCAAAGAAGACGAAUCAGGGAGCAAUGAGAAUGCUAAUGAGGACACUAGUAAAAAUGAAAGCGAAGAGAAGGGUUCUAAUGUAGAUACAAAUAUUGACAAGACAGAUGAAAACAAGGAUGUUCAGGUAGAGGGAAAUAAUAAUAAUAUUGACAUCAAAGAGAAUGCAAGUGAUGAAACAAGUAAAGGUGUAGCUGGCGAGAAUGAUUCUAAGGUAGAGGAAAAAAGUGUUAUUGGGGAUGAAACUAAGGAAGCUCAAGGAGAGGGAAAUAACGAGAGAAAAUAUGUGGAAAGCGAAGGAAAAGAGAGGCAAGAGAUUGAAAAUGGGAAGGAAGGUAAAGAGAGCACAAUCACAGAAUCUGGUUCACACUCGGAUGAGGUUCUAGAAAUUCAAGGUCAAAAUGAAGAAGCAGGCGAAGAAGGGAACAAAUUGAGAAAUUCAUCACUAAUUGAAGGGAAUAAGAAUGAAGGGGAGCAAGAAGAAAACUCGACCAACGAUCUGACUCAAGCUGAAAAUGAACCCACCCAUAAUGCUGGUCUUGAGGAUGAAGCUGUCCCUGAAGUAGAAACUGAAAAAAAAGAUGUUCUGGAUGAGAGUGUUCCAUCAACCAAUGGGAAAUCUGUUUCAGAUUCUGCAUCCGUGGACCCCUCUAAUGAAAUUGCCACGAAUGGAAUUACUGAUGAUGCCCCACUGGAUCAGUCAACCAGAGUUGAGUGAUCAAUUCAGUUCACACUAAGAUGUAAAGAUGGCAGUAACAAUUUGGAAGCAGUUGCCACAUUACAUACUGGAGAACAUAGCAAAAUGCUGCUGAAGAUUUAUUGAUUGUGUUAUUCUUUCAAAGUUUUUAGGCAUGUAACAUUCAGAGUUCAUUUAGUUUUGUGGCUUUUGCAGCUGGAAACAAAUUGCGUUACUGCAUAUUGUUUUCAUUACUGCUUGUGUUGCUCAUUGCAACAUUUAUUUACAAAGUUAAGCGCAGGAAACGGGAUUUGAUUAAAAUCUAUAAGAAUUUUUUCCAUACACACGCAUAUAUGUAUGUAUAUAAUAUACAUGUAUGUAUUCAUGUUAUUUCAUGUAGAC